AUGACGGAUUCUGUCGUGUUGCAAUCCGCCGUUCGCGUGCCUACACCUCCUCCAGGCACCUCAUACUCUCCACAGCCCUCAGCUUCGCGAAAACGCUCUCCUCCAUCUCGGUCGCCUUCCCCUCGUCGCCGUCGGUCGCCACCUGGUGACUCGCUGAAGGAAGAUGGCGAUGCACCACGUAUCGAUCCCGAGCGUGCGAUCGAAAGAGAGCGCCAGCUGGCCGAACGCCUUCGUCAGCAUGAGAAGCAGGAAGCUGCGCGGAAGCCCAUGACGGAGGAGGAGAAGCAAGCUGCCGCCAAAGCUGAGUAUGAAAAAUUGUUGAAUAUGCGAUCUGGGGGCACAUACAUACCACCAGCUCGAUUGCGCGCGCUGCAGGCCCAGAUCACGGAUAAGAACAGCAAAGAAUACCAGCGUAUGGCAUGGGAAGCUUUGAAGAAAUCCAUCAACGGUCUGAUCAACAAGGUCAAUGUGUCCAACAUCAAGUUUAUCGUUCCCGAGCUCUUUGGGGAGAACCUGGUCCGUGGCCGAGGGUUGUUCUGCAGGAGCAUCAUGAAGGCGCAAGCGGCGAGUUUACCGUUUACCCCGAUCUACGCCGCGAUGGCGGCCAUUGUCAAUACCAAGCUGCCUCAAGUCGGCGAAUUGCUGCUCAACAGAUUGAUUGUUCAAUUUCGAAAAGCAUUCAAGCGAAACGAUAAGGCCGUCUGCAUCUCAUCCACCACAUUCAUUGCGCAUCUGUGUAACCAGCAAGUCGCUCACGAGAUGCUUGCUGCCCAGAUUCUCCUUCUUCUGCUACAUAAACCUACAGAUGACAGUGUGGAGAUUGCCGUCGGUCUGACCAGGGAAGUUGGCCAGCACUUGGAAGAGAUGAGCGCUCCCAUUGCUCUGGCUGUGUUUGAUCAGUUCAGGAAUAUUUUGCACGAGGCCGACAUCGACAAACGAGUUCAAUAUAUGAUCGAGGUCCUGUUCCAGGUUCGCAAGGAUAGAUACAAGGACAACCCCGCGAUCAAGGAGGAACUUGAUCUAGUUGAGGAGGAAGAUCAGAUCACACAUCGUAUCGGUCUCGAUGAUGAAAUUGAUACUCAAGAUGGCCUCAAUGUCUUCAAAUACGAUCCUCAGUGGGAGGAGCACGAAGAGGCGUACAAGAAGCUCAAGGCCGAAAUUCUUGGCGAGGGUAGCGAUGAUGAAGAAGGUGAGGACGAAACCGACGAGAGUUCUGAUGAGGAAGAGGAGGAAGAACGACAGAUGGAGAUCAAGGAUCAGAGCAAUACAGAUCUCGUCAAUCUCCGGCGAACAAUCUACUUGACUAUCAUGUCCAGUAUCGACUUUGAAGAAUGUUGCCACAAACUCAUGAAGAUCUCGUUGCCGCCUGGCCUGGAGCCAGAACUCCCCUCGAUGGUCAUCGAAUGCUGUUCCCAGGAGCGAACAUACUCGAAAUUCUACGGCUUGAUUGGAGAGCGAUUUGCGAAAAUCAACCGUUUAUGGUCUGAUCUUUUCGAAGCCGCCUUCGCCAAGUAUUACGAUACAAUCCAUCGAUACGAAACCAAUCGUCUGCGCAAUAUAGCCCGUUUCUUUGGCCAUAUGCUGAGCACAGACGCCAUCGGCUGGCAUGUCAUGUCUGUCAUUCACCUCAAUGAAGACGAGACGACCUCUAGCAGCCGUAUCUUCAUCAAGAUUCUGUUCCAGGACCUAGGGGAACAUCUUGGCCUUGCAAAGUUGCAGGAGCGCAUGAGAGAUGAAAUUCUGCGGCCCAGCUUCGAGGGACUUUUCCCUCUGGACAACCCUCGCAACACCCGCUUUUCCAUCAAUUACUUCACGAGUAUCGGCUUUGGUAUUCUGACGGAAGACAUGCGGGAACACUUGAAGAAUCUUCCCAAACCGACUGUUCCUGCCCUGCCUGCACGCGACGCAGAGUCGGACUCGGAGUCUGUUCUUCUCGGUCUCGCUCGCGAUCAUAUUCGUAUUCACGAUCUCCUUCACGGAGCCGCGGCCGGCGUCGUUCCGUUAGCCGUGGAAGGUCGUACUCGAGAUCAGUGUCUGGAUCUUCUCGAGGAAGAAGUUAUACCCCAAGCCACAGUCGAUCGAGGUCUCCAGUUCCAAAGUCUCGUCGGCGCUCAGUGUCCUAUAGUCGUUCACGAUCGCCAGCUGGCCGAAGAAGGUCGUCAGUCUCUCGUACGCCACCUAGACGUGUCCGUGGCAAAUCUUACGACUCUCGCUCUCCUUCGCGAUCCGUCACGCCGCCAAGAAGGCGAACCUCUUACAGCCGGAGAGAUCGAUCUUACUCCAGGUCACCGUCACGCUCUGUUACCCCACCACCCCGAGCUGCGGAUGCAAGGGCGCGUGGUAGACGCUACUCCUCGCAGUCUCUUUCUCCUCCUCGGCGGCGUGCCGAAAGAAGUGUAUCCCCUCAACGUCCUCCUCCUGGUCGCCGUCGCCGUGGUGAUUCUUUGUCACGAUCACCCAGUCCCCCUCCGCGGUAUGCACGUGAACAGAGGCGCAGAAGGAACUCGAGCUCUGUCUCGGCAUCUCGCUCGCCUCCACCUCGCGACUCCGACAGGCGCAGGUCUUUAUCUAGGACUCCGCCUCGUCGGGGCCGCGCUUCCGACUAUUUGUAACAAGAGAAAAGCUCAUUGA